AUGGAGGCGGGUACCUUAUCCACAUUAUCCAAAGGAAAAAGAAAAAUAGACUCGGAUGCAGAUGCAGAUAACUCAUCCACAUUGCUCAAAAGGAAAAAAACAAUAGUACAGAGGAAGCUUAGUCAAGAACAAGCAUUAUUUUGUGUCCCACCAUCUGUUACAUAUCCUUUGGAUACUAGUAAAUCACGAAGUACUAUGCACAUGGGAGGUGUAAUACCAGCAACUGUAUACAAUUGGACAGGAUUUUUUAUAACAAAUCGUACAGCUUUGAUCAAAAACCAAAAUUCAAUGAACUAG